CCGCCUUUUAACCAUGAUGUAAAUAAAACAGUUUUUUUUAUUAUCAAAAUAAAUCUUUCCAAAUUACGAUAAUGAAAGAUCAACUAUCAGAAACGUUAACUUGGUUUGCAAAUUUUACCAAUUUUUACUCAGUUUUAAGUGUCAUCAUUUGCUUUUGCGUUAUGGUCGUUUUUAUUCUAAGGUUAAAUGGCGAUCAUUUCAUGUCCAGCUCAGCCACUCAUUACAAUGUAGCUCACGAAGAGAGGAUGACAACUCUUCACAAUCCGUUUUCCCUGCAAUUGCUGUCAGACUCUGUCACCUCUCUUAAAAAGGGCCUCCAUCUACAACUUUCUGUCAGCAAGGAAUCGAAACUACAGUUAUUUUGGGGAGUUAACAUUCAGGCUUUCCAAAAAGAACUCAAUCUUACAGCUGCAAAGAUUGUUAGCAGGUUGGAGACUGGGGAAACAUUUGCAGAACAGUUUCUUCAUAGUGAUGACUCUGAAAGGAUCACACCGGGCAUGAGCAAAACAGAAUGGCACAUACAUUGUCCUAGCGAGAUGACAGUUGAAACGUUAGGUGAACCUCCACGAUGCAAGUAUCCUCUAGUAGCUGUCAUGGUACGGACAGAUGGAAAUGUAACAGACCAUUUCACAGCUGUUAUGACCCAAUUCACCGUGAUUCACCUGAAGGAUGAGUUGUGUACCCUUGACUCACACAUCGUCUACCAGUUUCUCAAAACAAACCAUAACAAUCUGAUCACCCUACAGCCAAUAUUUGUCAGUCAUGAUGAGGAGUACAGAGAAUUUGACCACAAUAACAGACCUACAUCAGAAAUCAACAGAACCACCGAUGAUGGUCAGUCUUCAGGAGUUCAAGACAUUCCAACUGAUCCUGCUUUCAGUGAAAGCAAAACAGACUCAGAUAGUGACGUAAAUAUUAAUCACAUCAAUGGUUGUUGUUGCAUAUGUCAGACAUUGCCGAUUUUCUACACAUUGCUGCCAUGCAGGCAUGCUUGUGUUUGCAAGUCGUGCCUCAAACCCCUUGAUAAAUGUCCGAUAUGUCGCACUUACAUUGACUCAUACUUUAGAAUAGGCCAUCAGUUGCAAAGUGAGGAGGGACAAAGUCCUAACGAGACAGUGAGUUUGACACGGUGGCAGGUGUUGAAUCAGAGAGUAAACGAGUGGUUAGGUUUUACUUAAAUGUUAAUUUUUUUAAAUGAUUAUAAUUGUGAAGGGUUGGUAUGAAAAGAUUAUGUGCAAUUCCAAGUUACCGGUACAUAUCAGCAGAAAAUAUUUCUUGAUGCUUUGCAUUUAAUCAUUAAUGAUAUAAAUAUAAUUAAUAUAUAUACUGUAAUGUAAUCAUACGAUCAAAAGUAUUUUUAAAUUUGUGAGAUACAAGGUUUCAAAAGGUAUCCAAAUGCAUCAAUAUUUGCAAUAAAAAUUCAAAUGAUUUUAGAUUAAAAAUAUUUUAAAUGACGACCUUAUGUGUCCUGUCAGCAUGUUUUUACUGGUAUAAUAUUUUGCAAUAUCACGCCUCCAACAUAAAUGACGCAACGCCAUUGGUCCAGGACUGGUUAGCAGUGACCCUAUAUUUUCCCAUAUUGGGUCACCAAAUUUAUAUUGUACAAAAAUGCCAUAUUUUGCAUUACGAUCUAUUACAGAUUAUUUCAACUUGUUCCUAGUUCUUGUUUCGGUUUUGGACAGUUUAUUAUUUUUAUGAAAAUAUUUUAUUUAAAAGUUGUGUAUAAUUUUAUGGUUAUUAUGUAUUUAUUAGUUUUCCUUUGGAAUAAAGAAUUAUUUAAAACAUUG